UUUUUCGUGGACCGCAUCGCGUCGCUGGUUCGUCUUCGGCUGAUGUACAUGCAGCGCUGGUCUAAGCAGCAGAACGUGAACAGCCUGGGCACUACAGCACUCUACGAGCGUUACAAACAACACCUUAGUAUGGUGAUGACGGAGUAUGACGACUGCGUGCAGAGAGCAGAGCGCCUGGCUAGUGCACACGAUGCCUGCCUUGCUGGUAAGCCUGUACGGCUGGGCCUGGUCAAGGACGAAGAUGUCAACAUCUACCUGCGGCACCUGGUCUUGACGGAGCAGAGCUGGAGAGACCCCUCUGCCUUCCUAGCUCAACUGAAAUGGCUACCGCAUAGCAACCUUCAUGUGCUCCACCAACUCUUGCCAGUAAUGGAUGUCAGCGCCUGGGAGAAUGAGGCUGACGCUCGCAAUGAACUUACCAAGCUGAGAGCGAUGGCACCACGUGCCAAUGUACAGUGGAAGAUCGCUUUCCAGAAACGCCGAGCCACAGUGCCUAAUCUCACUGAUGUUGCCAAUUCCACGUCCAAGCCAAAGCUUCCCCUACCACUCCUUUCGAAAGUUCUGCAGCGGCCAAAGUCCGAAACAAUUCAACAGGAGUCAAUUGCGGAGGUUGGCGACAAGCCGUACUGUCUCUCCAGUCCGCUGGAGGAGUACAACGACUACGGCGAUGUCACUCCGCAUGUGCACUGUGAACGUGCGUACCGCGCCGUGCUGGCAAGACUGCUGACCACAUACGGCCUUCAGUCUUCCUGGAACUACGAGAAGAAGUCUGAUCAGCUGGAGAUGUUCAAGCUUGUCUCCGACAAGUUUAAGACGACCAUGGAGCGCCAGGGCAAGCAGAUGACGUUCAAGGUUUAUCUAUUUCCAGAACACUUGGAAGACAAGAAGCCGGCGGAUGCUGGCAAGACGCCACGCACCUCCUGCAACAGGGUCUGGUUGAAAGAGGCAAACUGGCAAGACGAAAGCAAGCUGGCGCCGUAUGUCGAUCCUGUUCAGGAAGAAGUCGUCAGCCAACUAAGGAACAAUACCAAAAUUGAUGAGUUACUACGGCUGUCAAUGGAUGCUUGUCAGCUGCAUCACGCUGAAAAGGUCAUUUACUCUCUGAAACGUCACGUUGCCACGAGUCGCAAGCCACCGCCACUCUCCUCUCUAUCCAGACCGUCAACCACUCAGUACCGUAGCACAAAACGAGAUGACCACGUUCCGGCUCUAACGCAGAUGUGGGAGCAGAUCUUGAAAGGCGUUGAUCCGUUUGAUCCCUCGUUUCGAAUUAAUGGCGGCAAGAGUCGUGCUGGCAGUGGUCGACCUCGGAAUCUGCCAGACGACGCAAAGCAAGUGGAUCAUGGUGCGGAAGGAGUGGAUCCGUUUGCAAAGAUACAGACCAGUUCGUUUGACUUCAACAGUGCUAGCAGAGUGUUGGCUGAGCAACAGGAAUCGCUGUUUGGCUCACAUCAGCAGCAGUCGGAGGAGCUCCUGGACAGCUUCACGGCCUUCACCAUGCUGCGACACCUGCGCAUCCGCGACUUGCGCCGUACGGCGUUGAGCAUUUUCAACUACUUUCGCUCUGUGGAACGCAGCCUGGUUAUCGGCCUGACAGGCCUGGCUAAGGGCAAACAGCCAGGGAAAGCGGGCACAACCCAGGCGUAUGUGUUUGAGAAACCAUCAGACUAUCAGAUUAGCGCCCAGGAAUUCAUGGAGAUCCAAGAGGUAUCAAACCAUGAUGACCGGCAUGUUGUGGAAGGUGGACGUGUGCAGGUCAAGGACCAGUGGAAGUACCAUGUCGUGUAUGACGUUGCCGUCGACGACCUCAAAAAACUAGAAGACUACUUGGUCUUGGUAGGUAGUUACUACCUAGUAAAGCACCACUCCAGUGCGGCUGCGACUGCCGACGAUGCGAGACGAUUCGCAUUCCUGCCGGAGGAAUCUGAUAUGGCAUCACUCAGCGGACAGGCUGUGGAUCGCUUUGCUGUUCUGCUGGACCUGUGGAACUGUCACGUCAGAUUCAUGGAGCGCAAGCAUGCGUUGCUGGACUGCUAUCUGGAGGCGUAUCACAAUGUAUAUGAUCAACAGGAGAAAGAACGGCUGGCACAGGUCAUCGUAGACAUUAUCUACCAGCAACCCAGGCAUGUUCUGGAGGCCAACUGGUUCCUGCGCUGCUACAAGACCGAGAUUGAGUGCCUGGAACUGCACAGAGAGAUAGCACACACUUUGCUGACGUCACAGAUUUCUGCUCAGCGGAUGUUCUUCACCGGAUUAUUCCCGUCGGGAUCAUCACCCAACAUGGUUGGUGUGCCUUUACCGACAUUGUCCAAGUGUCCAAUCUCGCUUAGCACUAGCAGUGCACUGGGCCAAGUGUUCUUGUUGGAGUUCCACCCAUCGUUGUGCGUUGCCAGUCGUCUUCCUGCUGCCCUCAGACAUGCGGCAAAUUGGACGUUUUUCCAGAUGGGCAAAGUCGGCACUCACAAUGUCUUGCGUAGCUGUCAUGCCACUUUCCAGCUGGCUGUACGUAAGCUGGGUGAAUCGAACAGUCUCAUCCAGGCGUACAGUUCUGAGGUCCGACAGGCGCUCUUCCAGAACCCUCUGAUGGAGAAUCCGCUGUUCGUCACCUCGCUCAUUCCCCAGCAAAAGAAGGUUGCAGUAAAAGCAGUGGGCGGCGAUUCCUCCGACCCAGCUGAGCUGAAGAAGGCGGUGGCGUCAGCUUAUUGCGAUGUUCUGCACUUUGUUUCUUCGUAUCAUCGACUGGCUGAUGCCUGUUUGGAGUCCUCCCAAUUACUGAAGGGGUAUCACCUGCUGUCCGAUCCACUCGGCUUUGGCCAAAUGCAUGCAUUCAUGCGGAUGGCAAGCAUAGAUGUUGCCGCAUCCAACCCCGGCACUAUCCUGAAGCCUCUCUUUCUCACCAGCAUCACAACAGAGGGCAAGGACAUGUUUGAUCAGUACAUUCCAGUCAGCGUGCCUCUAGCAGCUCAUGAGAUUGAUGAUAAAGUGUUCGCACUGCAGCUGAGCACUAAGGAAGACGUUAUCAAGAUGCUGUCUGCAAGCAGCCUGGAGACCUUCCGAGCUAUCCUCUAUGCUCAGGUCGCGCAGAAGAACGCUCUCAUCAUUGGUGUCCUGCACACACGGGCCUGUUGUCAGAUACACAAGACGUCGGCAUCACUGGAGCACGUGGAAGCAGCUGUCGAUAGUGGAUCAUCGUUGGCAGCGUUGACCAGUGGCAAGCCUCGUGUCAGCUCAGCGCAGCUUGUCAUUGGCCUGGACCUUGUGCAGAAACUCACCGACAUGUUUGUUUCGCUGCAGUUGCACAAGGCGGCUUCUCGUGAUAUGGUGCUCCAUGAGCUCCUGACCCAGCCCGGGAUUAGCAGCAAACUGCAGUCACCACAGGAGAACGUGAAAGUGAAGCGCGUGACACUGGUGCAGUACUUUGAGAAGCUUGGCAGCCUGUUGGCACCGCAGGCCCUGCGUAUACAGCUUUCAAGUUGCAUGUUCAGCCUGCAUCAACUGCUGAGGGAUUUCCCCGGAACUCGAGAUGCUGUAUUUGAGAUAGGUCAGGACACUGAUUACAAAAGCGGAACUGGCAAGCGUCCGCAGAGUGCCACGACUGCAGAGUCAGGCGAACAGACUCCCAGCCAUGGCAUACCAGUAUUUGAGCCCAGCUUUCGGGCUGGACGAUCUCGCGCAAGAGCUUUCAUGACUGUGGAUGGCAAGCAUUUGAUGAACUUGUUCUUCUUACCCCAUCCACUGGAGGCUCUGGCAAUGUUCCGCUCACUGGACUUGGAUGAGGCAAUGCCAGCUUUAAACUCUGCACUGAGACUUCUCACAUGUCUACAUGACAUCUGCAGUAUUAUCUGUGCCCGUGCGAAACUCAACUGUCCUAUACUGCAAGCAAGUGGAGGCAGUGGAGGCAGCGGAGGAGGUCGGGUACGGCGACGACAAGACUCUCCUCCAAUUCUGAAUGCGUACUCUACCGGGCUUAGUGCUGACUGGGGUGGCCUGGAACGGAUAACAAGUGAGCUUCAAGAACUGCGCAAGGCCAUACAGAAGCUUGAGUGCCCGACGGAUCCUGUCCAGGUGGCCGAGUACUUGGAAAGCGUGCGGGAGGUACGCUAUCGCCAGUUGCUAGUGGUCGUCCGGGAUAUCCUGCCCACGACAUUCCUGGACAUGGGCGAUGAGCAGGGAGCACAGAUUGUCCAAGCCAAGUCUCGCCAGUGCUUGGACAUCAUCGCCAACGUCAGCAGAUACAGUGCUUGUCAAUUCCACUGGAACGGCCGUCCUGUACCACAACCACUUCAUGUCAUGAAGAAGAAAGCUGCUCGGUUGAUGCCCUUGGCAAAGUUUACAUCUGACCGUGGACCAUAUCCGCAUUGCCUAUCUCCGCCGACUGAGCUGUCGAAGCAAUGCAUCGCCAUGUUCUGCUGUUUGCACAAUGAACAGCUUAAUAUAACACACGGCGUGUUAUGCGAGAUGACUUUGCUACAAAACGAGGCUUGCCAAGACGCAACAGCAGCAGCGGCAGCAGCAGCUGAGCAGAGUCUUGCAGACAGCAGUGCUGACCAGGCCGGACAUCCAUGCUGCUGUCCUCUUCGGCGUCGCUCAAAGCAUCCUCCGCAUCUCUCAAGAAAUCUGCAUCAUCCAUGUCCAGGACGUCUACAGCUGACACGAAGCCUAAGGGCAAGGCGGUUCGCAAGCCAUCACCUACGCUGGAUAGCGAGGCUCAGUUGGCAUUCCUGUCACUGUCCAGUCGCCUGGGUAUCCUUCGGUCGGUCUGGUUCGUACAGCAGAGCGGGCCCCAAGCCCUGGAGCAGAGCAGUGUCUACAGUGCCGUCCAAUGAGUCUGUGUCUUCAUCUCCUGAACGAAGUGCGUCGCCAGAAAUUGGUGAUGCUGCUGACGAUGUUGAGGGGAUGGAGAGCACGGAAGCAGCAGCAACAGGUGGUACGGAGGACACCAGUGCUGGCGACGAGGCCAUGUCCUUGAAGUCGCAUGUGGAAGCUGUCGAGGUUCUAGCUGCAGGUGACGAUGGAAGCGAAGGUGGGCUAACUUAG